AUGCUAAAGCCCAUAAAGGCCAAUUUGGCCUCACGACCACACUUGAAUUUGGCGGCCCAUUUUGUUGAAGAUGGCCCAAAUGGAGAAAGAAACCCUUGGUUUCGCAAAUUCUCCCUGAUGCGCCCAUCUCAUCAACUGCACCAUCUCUUCUCAGGAGAAGCAAUCAAUAGCGGCGGAACGGCGGGCGACAAGAUGCAAAAGCAGAUCUCUGAUGGUGACCUUGCGGACGAGACAAGGCUGGUGAUGGCGGGGGGCUCGGAUUUGAGCAGUCUCGCCUGA